AUGUCCUUCUCCACCCAAGCCGCAGCACGCUGCUGCCGACAGCUCUCCGGCUCCGUCCGUCCAUCCUCCCUGCGCAUCGCAUCCACAUAUCUGCCCACGACGCGCACACCCAGCAGUCGACGAUGGGAGUCGACCGAGGCUGCGGCCGCUGCCCCUGCCAACCCCAAAAUCGCACAGAUUGUCGAUCAGAUCAGCCAAUUGACCCUGUUGGAGACUGCGGACUUGGUGUCCAGCUUGAAGACCCGUCUGAACAUCCCCGACCUCCCCGUCGGCGGUUUCGCCAUGGCUGCCGGUGGUAGCCCUGGAGCCGCCGCUGCUGCUCCCGCUGCCGAGGAGGAGGAAGCCGCGCCCGCCGCCGCCGAGAAGACCCUGUUCAACCUCAAGCUGGAGUCGUUCGAUGCCGCCGCCAAGCCCAAGGUCAUCAAGGAGAUUAAGAACAUGCUCGGCCUGUCACUGGUGGACAGCAAGAAGUUCGUUGAGUCCGUGCCGAAGGUCAUGAAGGAGUCCGUGCCAAAGGAGGAGGCAGAGAAGAUCCUCGAGACCCUCAAGGGUCUGGGUGCCAAGGCUGUCAUGGAGUAG